CUCACCGAACAAUAGCAGACAGGGUAAACUUUUAUUUCGUUUAUCAUGAGCUCAAUAACGAGGAGUAAAUCUCAUGUUUCGGUACUGACGUCAGCGAUAAAUCCACUUGCAAACCCAAGAGGAGCGAAAAAGCUUUGUGAGCUUUGUCAAAACCUUGCGUACCUGCAAUGCACCAAAUGUCGAGUAACUUUCUACUGUGACACGGAACACCAGCAGGCUGACUGGGUAGGAAUCCAUGAGAAGAUCUGCCAGCUGCUCAUCCCCAUCCGCACCGCAAUGCCCUUCCACAGCCUGCAGGCGGACAGAGACAACCACCGCGCCCAGAUACUGCACAGACAAGAGGAGCUGAUUGAGAUCUCCAGGGCUGUGGCUCAGAAGAAGCUGUUCGAGGGGAAGUAUCAGGAGUCACUGCCUGCCGCCCAGCUCUCCCUGCGCUGUGCUAUGGAUGUCUACGGCCCCAGUGCUGUCCAGCUGGUCCCUGCAUACCUCCUGCUGGCGGAGGCAAACGUGGGUCUGGGCAGUCUGUCCCAGGCAGAGGGGUACCUGUCUCAGGCCGAGUGGACGGUGAUGAAGACACCCGAGUGUAGCCAGACCGUCCGCCACCAGCUGCACCGCAACCUGGGCCGCCUCUACACCGCCACAGAAAACCUGGAGGGAGCGCUAUUGCACUUUGCCAACGACGUGUACUAUGCCAGUGAGGAGUAUGGCUUGGAUAACAUUGUCACUUGUGGUGGCUACUUUCUGAUGGCCAAUGUCUUUAUCAAGCAAGAAAAGAUGGAUAUUGCCAGUUCCUUAUACACUGAGGUAGCAAGUACAUGGCACUCUCACCUCACCAAACUUUUGGAGACACAUACUCCAGGAUCCAUGACGCUGGAGCACUCUUUUGAUGAAGCUCAGCAGGCGGAAGCGGACCAGAUGCUAAGGGCCAUGCUGAAGGUUCAGGAGAAUAGCCCCAAGCAGGCUACGGUCCAGAACACCCUAGUGGCCCACUCUCUGGCCAUGCUGUGGUUUCUGGGAGGAUCCCCAGACAAGGCACUGGAGUUUGGCAGGAAGGCCCUGCAGUCCAGCCAGCUGGUUCCAGACCAUAGCCUAACAGAGCCCAUCCAGGGCCUGCUGCAGCUGGCAGCAGAGAGAGGCCCACACCUUACCAUCGCAAGCUGAUUGCCCGCCGGUCUUCUUGACUCCCUGUCCAUCCACCAGCCGGCUACCUCCUCAGCACAACACAAAAGAAGCACGCUCUAUACAUGAAAAAAUGGGCCAUAGUAGAAUCAUUACAGAAUAAAAGAUGCUGUGACUUUCGAUGGUGACUUCUGAUAGGCUGUGACUGAACAGUAAGGAUGUGUCAUACCGGUAUGUGUGUUUUUGAGUUGAGAAUAGAAAAGACCCAUGAUGCAGACAUGUUGGGAGAGGUACAUUUCAGAUGUGAUGUUCAGGCUCAUAUAUGUCCACACUUGAGACAUAUUCUAUUCCCAUUUGUGGGUAUUAAGUAUGCAAUUACACUGUUGCCAUGUAGUUUCAUAAAUACCAGGUGACUAGCGGUCUGUCAAAAUUAGCGUCACCCCGUUUUCAUUAAUAAGAUAAUGUUGACAUCUCAUUGUACGUGAGUGAAACUUUAUUUGAAUAGUGACAGAACACAUGUCUUUUUUGAAUAAUGACUCAAUUUUAUUUGAAUAAAAAAAAAGAGGUGUCUUUACAUAAUUUUUGCAUGAGUAAAUAUAUCAGCUAGAACCAAAUUUAGGAUCCAUUUUUGCCAUGCUGUCAGAAUGGUUCACAUAAUAAUGAUAAGAGUAAUGAUUGACCCUAUUUCUUCACACAAAAUUCUUGCAUGACUCGAGCCUACAGAUGCAUGGCAUUAGCGGUCCAAAACGUCAUCAUUUAUAUAAGUUUUUAGUAUUUCAUCAUACACAGAUGGUUUGAAGGAGACAUUUCUUGUGUUAUGGAGUAUAUUGAAUUUGUAUUUGAACCCACAAAGUUUAAUCAAAUCAUGAAAAGAAAAUGGGCGUAGCAGUUUAUUGAUCAACUAAAUAUAUCAAUCAAUAUUGUAAACCUUAGAGCAAAUUCAGGUUAUUUUCUGAAAACAAUGGAUGGAUGAAAGCACCCUAAGGAACUCUUUCAAGUCCUACAUAUGUACAGGUCAUUUCUGACAUGUCUUUAUUAUUAUUUAUAUCAAAACACAAAGAAUAAAUGUUAAAAUC